AUGGCUGCCCCGGAGGCGCGCCGCUUUCCAGAAGUCCCGGGCCUUCGCCUAACCUCGGUCGCUGGCCUGGGGGUGGCGGGCGUGAUGGAGCUGGAGGAGGAAGAGGAGGAAGAGGAGGAAGAGGAGGAGGCGGCGGCGGCCAGAAGAGCGCGGAGUUUCGCCCGAGACGCGCGGGUGCGCUUUCUCGGCGGCCGCCUGGAGCUGAUGCUGGGGCUCCCGGCGGAGAAAUGGAGCCAGUAUUUGGAGAGCGAGGACCACCGGCAGGUGCUGGGGGAGUUCCUGGAGAGCCCUAGCCCCGCCUGCCUGGUGUUCAGAGUCGCCACCGCGGGGCCGCUCGCGGUCUCCCGGGAGAUUCCAAGAGAUGCAAAACAUAAACUUGUUUAUAUUGCCAAGAAGAUUACCGAAAACAUUGGAGUAAAUGAUUUUUCUCAGACGGUUUUAUUUGGAGAGUUAACUGCAUCAUCAUUUGGACAUGUAACUGCUUUCCUAGAUGAGAUUUUAGUGCCAAUUCUUUCUAAUAGGAACAACCAUAAAUCCUGGUCCUGUUUCAUUUCACAAGACAUGGAAUGCCACUUAGAAGUCAUGAAAAGUAAAAUGCAUGUCUUUCGGGGCAAAAUGUUGAGAAGAACUCUUCUACCAAUUCCCACGAUAGCAGGGAAAAUGGACCUGGGUCGGAAAUACUCUGAGACCAAGUAUGUAAAUGAAAGGACACUACUCCAUGCGAUUGAAUCUGUGGUUAUUAAAUGGUCACAUCAAAUCCAAGAGAUUGUAGAGAAAGAUUCAGGGCAGCCUUUGCUGAAUGGUCUUCACUCGAAUCCUCAAACUGAACUGGAUUUCUGGAUGAUGAGGAGAGAGAAUCUAUCAUGCGUUUAUGACCAACUUCAAGCUCCUGUUGUCCUCAACAUGGUUAGGAUCCUGAAAAUUAAACAAAGCAGCUAUUUUCCAACUUUGAAGGACAUUUUCACGGCUGUGAAAAAUGCGCUCCUGGAAGCCCAGGAUGUAGAGCUUUACCUGAGACCCCUGAGAAGACAUGUUCAGUGUCUCCAGGAGACGGAAUUCCCGCAGAUCCGUGUACUCAUUGCCCCAUUAUUUCAUACCAUCUGCCUCAUCUGGAGUCAUUCCAAGUUUUAUAAUACUCCUGCUCGGAUUAUAGUUUUAUUGCAAGAGUUUGGUAAUCUCUUCAUUGACCAGGCAAUAGCUUACCUUUCACCUGAAGACCUUUUGAAAGGAGAAGUUGAAGACUCUUUGGAAAAGGUUCAGGUGGCCAUUAACGUCUUAAAGACUUUCAAAACGUCUUUUUUCAACUAUAGAAAAGAAUUGGCAAACUAUUUUAAGGGAAAUGAGCUAAAACCAUGGGAUUUCCAGUCUCAACUGGUGUUUUGUAGAUUUGACAAAUUUCUGGACCGUUUCAUGAAAAUAGAGGAUAUAUUUGUCACAAUAUUGGAAUUUGAAAAGCUGGAAAGACUUGAAUUUGGUGGUACCAAAGGAGCGAUUUUAAAUGGACAAAUCCACGAGAUGAUAGAAGACUUUAUGGAACUGUGUGAAGUUUUUAAACAGAGCACUUAUGACCCAUCUGAUUACAAUAAUAUGGAAUUUGAAAGUGAUUAUGUUGUGUUUAAGUCCAAAACUUUGGAUUUUGACAGAAGGCUUGGGACGAUUCUUUGCGAAGCUUUCUUUAACAGCAACGGUUUAGAAGCUGCAUUUAAGCUUUUGACCAUAUUUGGGAAUUUUCUAGAGAAACCAGUUGUCAUGGAAAUUUUCAGCCCACAUUACAGCACACUACUGCACAUGUUUAACACAGAGUUGGAUAUGUGUAAGCAAUUGUAUGAUGAACACGUGAGACAGAUUGAACGUGGAAAUGUAGUUCUUCACCGGAAUAUGCCAUUUACUGCAGGCAACAUCAAAUGGGCUAAAGAGGUCUUUGAACGACUUCAGACUUUCUGGUCCAACUUUGCAUCUCUCCGGUAUUUAUUCUCAGAAAGUCCUGAUGAUGCCUUAGUUUAUCAGAAGUAUAUUGAAAUGACUGCUUUGCUAGAGCAAUUUGAAAAUUGUAUCUAUAAUGAAUGGAAAAGUAACGUGGAUGAAAUCUGUGACUUCAAUUUGAAUCAACCCUUGAUUAAAUUCAGUGCCAUAAAUGGGCUUCUCAGUGUCAACUUUGACCCACAGCUCGUGGCUGUUUUGAGAGAGGUGAAAUACCUUUUGAUGCUGAAGAAAUCUGACAUACCGGAUUCAGCGUUAGCCAUCUUCCAAAAAAGAAACACUAUUUUAAAGUACAUUGGAAAUCUUGAACUUGUUGUGCAAGGAUAUAAUAAGUUGAAGCAGACCCUCCUGGAAGUGGAAUAUCCUCUGGUGCAAGAUGAGCUGAGGGCCGUGGAUGAGCACCUGGAGACAGCUGCGACAUCGCUCACGUGGCGGGAUGACUGCUGGGGGUACAUUGAGAGGGCGAAGGCGGCCACGUCUGCGUUGGCAUGCAGAGUGGAGCUCACGCAGAGCAACGUGAAGGUGAUCCAGAAAACCAUGAAGGCUUGGGCAGACUGUACACUCCUUCCCAGGAGGGAGCCCAGAAGAGAGACUACCUUGACUUUGGAGGACACCGGUGAUUUGUUUACUAAAAAAUACAGGCAAAUUCAAGAAGAUGGCUGCAGGAUACAUAACUUGGUGGAGGAAAAUAGGAAGCUCUUCAAAGCCAGUCCUUCUCUGGAUGCCUGGAAGAUUUAUGUGGAGUUCGUCGAUGACAUGGUGGUAGAAGGCUUUUUUCAAGCUCUCAUGCAUGACUUGGACUUCUUUCUGAUGAAUACGGAAGAACAACGGACACCUGUGCCAUUUUUUCAAGCACAGAUGAUUUUAAUGCCUCCUGAGAUUCUUUUCAAACCUUCUUUAGAAAGAGAGGCUGGGCAUGGCUUCUACGAUCUGGUAGAAGAAAUGCUUGGCAGCAGCUGCAGAAUGUCUGCCCAGAUGGAGCGAGUGGCCUCACACCUGGAAAUAGCAACUUAUCAGAAUGACAUGGAGAAUAUGCUGGGCCUGGUAGAGGUCAGGCAGGAGAUAAUGAAGAGAGUGGCAGAUGUCAUCAGCAAAGUCUUGGACUUCAGAAAUACCCUGGACACAUACGCUUACCUCUGGGUUGAUGACCGAGCUGAGUUCAUGAAGCAUUUUCUCAUGUACGGCCAGACUGGGUCAUCUAGCGAAAUGGAUGCUCAUGCAAAUGAAGAAGUCCCCAAACAACCACCAACUCUCGAACAAUUCAAAGAGCAGAUUGACAUUUAUGAAGCUUUGUAUGUUCAAAUGAGCAAGUUUAAUGACUUCAGAGUGUUCGAUGGUUGGUUCAAGGUGGACAUGAAGCCUUUCAAAGUGAGCUUGCUGAACGUUAUUAAGAAAUGGAGCUGGAUGUUUCAGGAGCAUCUUUUGAGAUUUGUCAUAGACAGUCUGAAUGAGCUACAGGAAUUUAUAAAGGAGACAGAUGCUGGACUUCAGAGAGAUUUAAGUGAGGGUGAUUACGAUGGUUUAGUAGAUAUCAUGGGGCAUCUUCUGGCAGUAAGAAGCCGACAGAGAACUACGGAUGAACUAUUUGAACCCUUAAAACAAACCAUCAUGCUCUUGGAAAACUACGGCCAGAAGAUGCCUGAGCAAGUCUAUAUUCAGCUAGAGGAAUUACCUGAAAGAUGGGAAACUACCAAAAAGAUUGCAGGAACUAUCAGACAUGCUGUGUCACCUCUCCAAAAUGCAGAAGUCACCCUCAUAAGGAAAAAGUGUAUUUCAUUUGAUCGGAAGCAGGCCGAGUUCAGAGAGAGAUUCAGACUCAAUGCUCCUCUUGGUUUUAAUGCAGAAAAUCCAUACGCAGUGCUUGAUAAGGCAAAUCAAGAGCUUGAGGCAUUGGAAGAAGAAAUGUUACAGAUGCAAGAAGCUACCCACCUUUUUGAAGUGGCUCUUCCUGAGUAUAAACAGAUGAAGCGGUGUUGCAAAGAAAUAAAAUUGCUCAAGGGCCUCUGGGAUGUCAUUACUUACGUUACAAGAAGCAUUGAUAAUUGGACUAAAACCCCGUGGAGACAGAUUAAUGUGGAACAGAUGGAUGUAGAACUCAGAAGGUUUGCCAAGGAAAUCUGGUCACUAGACAAGGAAGUCCGUGUUUGGGAUGCUUAUGCAGGCCUGGAAAGCACGGUGAAGGACAUGGCGGCCUCCCUGAGAGCUGUCAUGGAGUUACAGAGCCCUGCUCUCAGAGGCAGGCAUUGGCACCAGCUGAUGAAGGCCACUGGGGUCAGAUUUUCUAUCAACGAAGCCACGACUUUGGCAGAUUUGUUAGCAUUGCGGUUACACCGAGUGGAAGAUGAUGUCCGAAGCAUUGUGGACCAAGCUGUGAAGGAACUGGGGACGGAAAAGGCUAUUACUGAAAUCAGUCAGACCUGGGCAUCCAUGGAGUUCUCUUACGAAGUUCACUAUCGGACGGGCAUUCCAUUACUAAAAUCCGAUGAACAACUUUUUGAGACUCUAGAGCACAACCAAGUUCAGUUGCAGAGUCUGCUUCAGAGCAAGUAUGUGGAAUAUUUUAUUGAACAAGUGUUAAGCUGGCAAAAUAAAUUAAACAUAGCAGACUUGGUCAUCUCCACUUGGAUGGAAGUCCAGCGAACUUGGUCUCACCUGGAAAGCAUCUUUGUUUGUUCAGAAGACAUUCGAAUCCAGCUUGUGAAAGAUGCUAGGAGAUUCGAUGGAGUGGAUGCUGAAUUUAAGGAGUUAAUGUUGAAAACAGCUAAAAUAAAGAAUGUUCUAGAAGCAACAUGCAGACCUAAUCUCUAUGAAAAACUUAAAGAUUUACAGUACAGGCUUUCUCUUUGUGAAAAAGCUCUCGCUGAGUACCUGGAGACCAAGCGUGUGGCUUUCCCACGGUUCUAUUUCAUCUCUUCUGCAGACUUACUUGACAUCCUCUCAAAGGGAGCUCAGCCUAAGCAGGUGACGCGUCACCUUGCCAAACUCUUUGACAGCAUUGCAGAUCUGCAGUUUGAAGAAGGUCAGGAUGUGUCCAUCCACAGAGCAAUUGGAAUGUACAGCAAAGAAAAGGAAUACGUCCCGUUCCAAGCCGAAUGCGAAUGCAUAGGCCACGUGGAAAUGUGGCUCCUGGGACUUGAAAAGACGAUGCAGGAAACAGUGCGACAUUCCAUCACAGAGGCCAUAGCUGCCUAUGAAGAAAAACCUAGGGAACUGUGGAUCUUGGAGUUCCCCGCCCAGGUUGCACUCACAGGCUCACAGAUCUGGUGGACGACAGAUGUAGUGAUAGCCUUCAGUAGACUGGAGGAAGGCUAUGAAACGGCCCUAAAGGACUUCCAUAAAAAACAGAUUUCUCAGUUGAAUACCCUGAUUGCGCUUUUACUGGGAGAACUCCUACCUGGAGACCGUCAGAAGGUCAUGACAAUUUGUACCAUCGACGUCCAUGCCAGAGAUGUGGUGGCCAAACUUAUUUCUCAGAAGGUUGUCAGUCCCCAAGCCUUUGCCUGGCUGUCUCAACUUCGUCACCAGUGGGAGGACGUCCAGAAACACUGCUUUGUUAAUAUUUGUGAUGCCCAGUUCCAGUACUUCUAUGAAUAUUUAGGAAACAGUCCUCGGCUAGUGAUCACUCCUCUAACUGACAGGUGUUACAUCACUUUAACUCAGUCACUUCAUUUAACCAUGAGUGGAGCUCCAGCUGGCCCAGCUGGUACAGGGAAAACCGAAACCACCAAAGAUCUUGGACGAGCCCUUGGCAUGAUGGUUUAUGUAUUCAACUGCUCAGAGCAAAUGGACUACAAAUCCAUAGGAAAUAUCUAUAAGGGAUUGGUGCAGACAGGGACUUGGGGCUGCUUUGAUGAGUUCAAUCGAAUUUCUGUGGAAGUCCUGUCUGUGGUAGCCAUACAGGUGAAACUGAUACACAGCGCCAUCAGAAACAGGAAAAAGAGAUUUGUAUUUCUGGGGGAAGCCGUCACACUGAAGCCAUCAGUUGGAAUAUUUAUUACUAUGAACCCAGGAUAUGCUGGUCGAACCGAAUUACCGGAAAAUCUCAAAGCUCUUUUCAGGCCCUGUGCCAUGGUGGCCCCUGACAGUGAGCUAAUCUGUGAAAUCAUGUUAGUCACUGAAGGGUUUGCAGACGCUCGCUCAUUAGCCCGCAAGUUCCUUACGUUGUACACGCUCUGCAGGGGGCUUCUCUCCAAGCAGGAUCAUUAUGACUGGGGACUUCGCACUAUUAAAUCUGUCUUGGUUGUAGCUGGCUCCCUGAAACGAGGAGAUAAAAAUAGACCCGAAGAUCAGGUACUCAUGAGAGCAUUGAGGGACUUCAAUUUGCCUAAAAUAGUGACCGACGACAUUCCUGUGUUUCUGGGCCUGGUUGGUGACCUCUUUCCAGCCCUGGAUGUACCCCGGAGGAGAGCGCCACACUUCGAACAGAUGGUCAGGCAGUCCGCCCUGGAGCUCCACCUGCAGCCUGAGGAGAGCUUCCUUCUUAAAGUUGUCCAGCUUGAGGAGCUGUUGGCCGUGCGGCACUCUGUCUUUGUGGUUGGAAAUGCAGGCACGGGAAAGAGUAAGAUUUUGAGAACACUGAACCGAACAUAUGUUAACAUGAAACAAAAACCUACUUGGAAUGACUUAAACCCCAAAGCUGUGACAACAGAUGAACUCUUUGGUUUCAUACAUCACGCUACUCGAGAAUGGAAAGAUGGCAAGUAGUAUUUCCCCCAUUUUUUCUUGUGGAUCAUUUACUCUUAAUGUAUAGGUCUCUUCUCAUCCAUUCUGCGAGAACAAGCAAAUCUUAAGCAUGAUGGACCAAAAUGGAUCAUCCUGGAUGGAGAUAUUGAUCCCAUGUGGAUUGAGUCACUAAAUACUGUCAUGGAUGACAACAAGGUGCUGACCUUAGCCAGCAAUGAGCGCAUAGCACUUACCCCCUCCAUGAGGCUGCUCUUUGAGAUUCAUCACUUGCGGACCGCAACCCCGGCUACUGUUUCCAGAGCUGGUAUUCUGUAUGUGAACCCACAAGAUCUGGGCUGGAAUCCGUAUGUGGCCAGUUGGAUAGACAGAAGGCGGCAUCAAUCAGAAAAGGCCAAUUUAACUAUUCUUUUUGAUAAAUAUGUUCCUGCAUGCUUGGAUAAGCUGAGAACCAGCUUUAAAACAAUCACUUCAAUUCUGGAGAACAGCCUGGUGCAGACUCUUUGUACCCUUCUAGAAUGCUUGUUGACUCCUGACAACGUACCUUCGGACAGCCCAAAAGAGGUUUAUGAAGUCUACUUUGUCUUUGCUUGUAUCUGGGCAUUCGGAGGCACUCUGCUGCAAGAUCAGCUUUCUGGCUCUCAAGCUGAAUUCAGUCGGUGGUGGCAUAAAGAGAUGAAAGCAGUAAAGUUUCCAUCCCAGGGGACAAUCUUCGAUUAUUAUCUGGACCACAAAACUAAGAAAUUCUUGCCUUGGGCUGAUAAAGUCCCCAAAUUUACUAUGGAUCCAGAGGUACCUCUGCAGGUAGUUGUGGUUCACACAUCAGAGACAACUCGUCUCAGAUAUUUCGUAGAGUUGCUGCUUGAGAAAGGACAACCCCUAAUGCUGGUAGGAAAUGGUGGGGUGGGAAAGACAGCCUUUGUAGGUGAUACACUGGCAAGUCUCUCUGAGGAUUACUUCGUGUCCCAUGUGCCUUUCAACUACUAUACAACAUCUGCAGCUCUGCAAAGAAUUCUUGAGAAACCUCUAGAGAAAAAGGCUGGUCGGAUCUAUGGUCCAGGAGGAAAUAAAAAAUUAGUUUAUUUCAUCGACGACAUGAAUAUGCCCGAAGUGGACCCCUAUGGCACAGUGCAGCCCCAUACUCUGAUUCGGCAGCACGUCGAUUACGGACACUGGUAUGAUAGACAGAAGGUGAUGCUUAAGGAAAUCCACAGCUGUCAGUACAUCGCCUGCAUGAAUCUGAUGGUGGGCAGUUCCACGAUCAAUCCUCGACUACAGAGACAUUUCACUGUGUUUGCAUUCAACUUUCCAUCCUUGGAUACGCUGCAAACCAUCUAUAGCCAAAUUCUUAACUUCCACUUUCAGCAGCAAGCCUUUGGUCCAUCACUUCUCAGGAGUGGCCCCUCUUUGAUACAGGCAACAAUCACGUUCCAUCAGAUGAUGACACAUAGCUUUUUACCCACAGCUGUUAAAUUCCACUACGUCUUUAAUCUGAGAGACUUAUCAAACGUCUUCCAGGGCAUUUUAUUUGCUUCUCCUGAAUGUUUAAAAUGUCCAAAUGAUUUAAUCCGCCUGUGGCUUCACGAGUCUUCUCGUGUUUAUGGAGACAAACUGGUAGACCCAAAGGAUUGUGAUUUGUUUCAGAAAAAAAUGCUGGAAACUGCCUGUAAAUAUUUUGAAGGUGUAGACAGUCACGUGCUAUUUCAAAAGCCCCUCAUCUAUUGCCACUUUGCUCACGGCGGCCAAGAUCCGUGCUACCUGCCGGUGAGGGACUGGGAGGUGCUGAAGACCGUCCUCACGGAAGCCUUAGCCAACUACAAUGAACUGAAUGCUGCCAUGCACCUGGUCUUAUUUGAAGACGCCAUGCAGCAUGUGUGUCGCAUCAGCCGAAUCCUUCGGACCCCUCAGGGUCACGCGCUCUUGGUUGGCGUGGGCGGCAGCGGCAAGCAGAGCCUGUCCCGGCUGGCAGCUUACAUCUGCAGCCUCGAGGUCUUCCAGAUCGCCCUGACGGAAGGCUUCGCAAUCCAGGAACUUCGGGUAGAUCUUGCCAAUUUGUACAUCAGAACUGGAGCCAAGAACAUGCCCACUGUGUUCCUGCUGACAGAUGCCCAGGUUCUAGAUGAGAGCUUUCUCGUGCUGAUUAAUGACUUGCUGGCAUCAGGAGAAAUCCCGGAUCUGUUCAGUGAUGAAGAUGUAGACAACAUAAUUUCUGGAAUUCGUAAUGAAGUUCGUGGUCUAGGCAUGGCGGACUCCAGAGAAAAUUGUUGGAAAUUCUUUCUGGCCAGGGUUCAGCUACAGCUCAAAAUCAUUCUGUGUUUCUCUCCCGUUGGUCACACGUUGAGAGGGAGAGCUCGGAAGUUCCCAGCCAUAGUUAACUGCACGGCUAUUGACUGGUUUCAUGCGUGGCCGCAGGAGGCUCUGGUCUCAGUCAGCAGGAGGUUCAUUGAGGAAACCAAGGGAAUUGAGCCACUGGACAAAGAUUCUAUUAGCCUCUUCAUGGCCCAUGUUCACACUAGCGUGAAUGAAAUGAGUACCAGGUAUUACCAGAAUGAGAGAAGAUACAACUAUACCACCCCGAAGAGUUUUCUAGAACAAAUAUCACUGUUUAAGAAUCUGUUGAAGAAGAAACGAAAAGAGGUAUCUGAGAAGAAAGAGCACUUGGUGAAUGGCAUCCAAAAGCUAAAGACCACAGCCUCUCAGGUGGCAGAUCUGAAAGCCAGACUGGCCUCUCAAGAAGAUGAGCUGCGACUGAGAAAUGAUGAUGCCGAAGCUCUGAUCACAAAGAUUGGGCUCCAGACGGAGAAAGCGAGCCGGGAAAAGGCCAUUGCUGACGCUGAGGAGCGAAAGGUGACAGCCAUUCAGACUGAAGUGUCCCAGAAACAGAGAGAGUGUGAGGUUGACGUACUCAAGGCGGAGCCUGCGCUCGUGGCCGCAACGGCUGCACUCAACACGCUCAACAGGGUCAAUCUCACUGAGCUGAAAGCCUUUCCCAACCCGCCGAAUGCCGUUACCAAUGUUACCGCGGCCGUGAUGGUCCUCCUGGCUCCGCGGGGCAGAGUGCCUAAAGACCGGAGUUGGAAAGCAGCUAGAGUCUUCAUGGGAAAGGUUGAUGAUUUUUUGCAAGCGUUAAUUAACUAUGACAAAGAGCACAUUCCAGAGAACUGUCUAAAAGUAGUAAAUGAGCAGUAUUUGAAAGACCCGGAGUUCAAUCCAAGCCUGAUUCGGACCAAAUCCUUUGCAGCAGCUGGUCUGUGUGCCUGGGUCAUCAACAUCGUGAAGUUCUAUGAGGUGUACUGUGAUGUGGAGCCCAAACGGCAAGCGUUAGCCCAAGCCAACUUCGAACUGGCUGCAGCUACUGAAAAACUCAAGGCUAUCAGGAAGAAGCUUGAGGAUCUGGAUCGACAUCUGAGCAGACUCACAGCUUCAUUUGAAAAAGCAAUAGCCAAGAAAGUCCAAUGUCAAGAAGAGGUGAACCAAACCAACAAAACUAUUGAACUAGCCAAUAGGCUUGUCAAGGAACUUGAGGCAAAGAAGAUUCGCUGGGGUCAGUCUAUUAAAUCGUUUGAAGCUCAAGAGAAGACCCUCUGUGGAGAUGUUCUCCUUACAGCAGCCUUUGUGUCUUAUGUUGGAUCCUUUACAAGACCAUAUCGCCAGGAACUGGUAGACUGCAAGUGGGUUCCCUUUCUCCAGCACAAGGUUUCCAUCCCAAUAACCGAAGGCCUGGACUUGAUUGCCGUGCUGACGGAUGACGCUACCAUUGCCACCUGGAAUAACGAGGGGCUGCCCAGUGACAGAAUGUCCGCCGAAAAUGCCACUAUCCUGACACAUUGUGAGCGCUGGCCCCUGAUGAUAGAUCCCCAACAGCAGGGAAUUAAGUGGAUCAGGAAUAAGUACGGAACAGACCUGAAAGUCACCCAUUUGGGCCAGAGAGGGUUUUUGAAUGCCAUUGAAACUGCGUUGGCCUUUGGAGAUGUCAUCUUAGUUGAAAAUCUGGAGGAAACAAUAGAUCCAGUCCUUGAUCCGCUGCUUGGCAGAAACACAAUUAAAAAAGGAAAAUACAUCAGGAUUGGAGACAAAGAAUGUGAAUUUAACAAGAACUUUCGCCUUAUCCUUCACACAAAACUGGCAAAUCCUCACUAUAAACCAGAAUUGCAAGCUCAAACAACCCUCCUCAAUUUCACAGUCACAGAAGAUGGUCUAGAAGCCCAGCUCCUGGCAGAGGUGGUCAGUAUUGAAAGACCAGAUCUGGAGAAACUUAAGUUGGUUUUGACAAAGCACCAAAAUGACUUUAAGAUCGAGCUGAAGUAUCUGGAGGAUGACCUCCUCCUGUGCCUUUCUGCGGCAGAGGGGAGCUUUCUAGAUGACACCGAGCUGGUGGAGAGACUAGAGAUGACAAAAGCAACCGUGGCAGAGAUAGAACACAAGGUGACUGAAGCUAAAGAAAAUGAAAGAAAAAUCAAUGAGGCCCGGGAAUGUUACAGACCAGUGGCAGCAAGAGCAUCUCUUCUUUAUUUUGUUAUUAAUGAUCUCAGAAAAAUUAACCCCAUCUAUCAGUUCUCUUUGAAGGCUUUCAACAUGCUGUUCCUCAGAGCAAUUGAGCAGGCUGACAAGGUGGAGGACGUGCAGGGGCGCGUCUCAAUCCUCAUGGAGAACAUCACCUAUGCUGUCUUCCUCUCUACCAGCCAGGCGCUGUUUGAGAGGGACAAGCUCACCUUCCUGUCCCAGAUGGCUUUUCAGAUUUUGUUGAGAAAGAAAGAGAUAGACCCUCUGGAAUUGGAUUUCUUGCUUCGAUUCACAGUUGAACACACUUACCUGAGUCCUGUUGACUUCCUCACUACUCAGUCAUGGAGUACUCUCAAGGCAGUAGCCCUCCUGGAAGAAUUUCGAGGCAUAGACCGAGAUGUGGAAGGAUCAGCCAAGCAGUGGAGGAAAUGGGUGGAAUCCGAGUGCCCAGAGAAAGAGAAGUUGCCGCAAGAAUGGAAGAAGAAAAGUUUGGUACAGAAGCUGAUUAUUUUGAGGGCAGUGCGCCCCGACAGAAUGACAUAUGCUCUCAGGAAUUUCGUGGAGGAAAAACUGGGUGCCAACUAUGUGGGGAGGACCAGAGUGGAUUUAGUUAAAGCAUUUGAAGAAAGCAGCCCGGCCACGCCCAUCUUCUUCAUCCUGUCUCCAGGGGUGGAUGCCCUUAAAGAUCUAGAGAUCCUUGGCAAAAGACUGGGGUUUACAAUGGACUCGGGAAAAUUCCACAACGUGUCUUUAGGACAAGGUCAGGAGGUGGUGGCAGAAAAGGCCCUGGAGAAAGCUUCCAAAGGAGGACACUGGGUCAUCCUCCAAAAUGUCCAUUUGGUAGCCAAGUGGCUAGGAACCUUGGAGAAACUCCUCGAAAGAUUCAGCCAAGGAGGCCACAGAGAUUACCGGGUUUUCAUGAGUGCCGAAUCUGCAGCUACACCACAAGAACACAUCAUCCCUCAAGGACUCCUGGAAAAUUCCAUUAAAAUUACUAAUGAACCCCCCACAGGAAUGCUGGCCAAUCUGCAUGCUGCCCUCUACAACUUUGAUCAGGAUACACUUGAGGCGUGCUCCAGGGAGCAGGAGUUUAAAAGCAUCCUCUUUUCUCUGUGCUACUUCCAUGCUUGUGUGGCCGGGAGACUGAGGUUUGGCCCCCGGGGCUGGAGCCGCAGCUACCCCUUCAGUCCUGGAGACCUCACCAUUUGCGCCAACGUCCUCUACAACUACUUAGAGGCAAACCCUCACGUCCCAUGGGAAGACCUCCGUUACCUCUUUGGUGAGAUCAUGUAUGGGGGCCACAUCACAGAUGACUGGGAUCGCAAACUGUGUCGGGCAUAUUUGGAAGAAUUCCUGAAUCCAUCUCUGAUUGAAGAUGAAUUUAUGCUGGCACCAGGAUUUGCAGCCCCACCUAAUCUAGAUUAUUCGGGCUACCAUCAGUACAUAGAGGAGAAACUUCCUCCAGAAAGUCCAGCACUGUAUGGCCUCCACCCAAAUGCUGAAAUAGAAUUCCUGACCGUGAUGUCCAACACUCUCUUCAGAACGUUGCUGGAGCUGCAGCCCAGGAAUGCACUCAUCAGUGAGGAGCUGGGGCAGUCCACAGAAGAGAAGGUUAAGAAUGUUUUGGAUGACCUUUUGGACAAACUUCCAGAAGAGUUCAACAUGGUGGAGAUAAUGCAAAAAAGCUCAAACAGAAGCCCCUAUGUUCUUGUUUGCUUCCAAGAGUGUGAAAGGAUGAAUGUUCUCCUGCGGGAAAUCCGUGUGUCCCUUCAACAAUUAGACCUUGGUUACAAGGGGGAGCUGACCUUAUCUCCUGAGAUGGAAGCCCAGCAGUCCCAGCUGAGUUAUGACACAGUCCCAGACACUUGGAGCAAACUGGCUUAUCCAUCUACAUACAGCCUGGCCCAGUGGUUUAGUGACCUCCUUUUGCGAUGCCGGGAACUCGAAACCUGGACCCACGAUCUUGCCCUCCCGGCUGUGGUGUGGCUUUCUGGCUUCUUCAACCCUCAGUCCUUCUUAACUGCAAUCAUGCAGACCAUGGCUCGAAGAAACGGGUGGCCACUGGAUAAAACGUGCUUGACUGUUGAUGUUACCAAAAAAACGAAGGAAGACUACGGCCAUCCUCCACGGGAAGGUGCCUAUCUCCACGGGCUCGUCAUGGAAGGUGCCCGAUGGGACACGCAGUCAGGAAGCAUUGUGGAAGCCUGCCUCAAGGAGGUCACCUCGGUGAUGCCAGUCAUCUUUGCCAAAGCCGUCCCCACGGACAAACAAGAAAUCAAAGACACGUAUGAAUGCCCCGUGUAUAAGACCAAACUGAGGGGCUCCAACUACGUGUGGACCUUCCGGCUGAAGAGCUCAGACAAGACGGCCAAGUGGGUCCUGGCAGGCGCGGCUCUGCUGCUCGAGGCGUGA